GGUCCUACUUAUCUCAUCCAAACCAACUUUAAAGGCAGACUAAUUGGCCUCAUUCGGGAGAUUUCUACUUCUACUUCUUACUUCCUCUAUUUCCCACCAACUAGUACUACUUCAUACAACUUUGAAAGAAGUUAGCUAAUAGCAAAAGCCUCUUCUCCCAACUCCCAAGUUAUCCUCCCUUCAACCAAUUACCAUGAAAAGAAUGGACCUUUUCUGUGCUUCUCCAGCUUCCACAGCUAUUUGCUCAAGCAUGGUAGACCAUUCCAUGGUCCGCCGAAGCCAUCAUGUUCGCGAUCGUCGAAAGAUCCCGCUGCCUCAUGUUCCUUGCUCGUCUCACUUACCAAUCAAUCCUCGGCCUUAUAAUUAUGAGAAAAGUAGUAGGGGUACUUACUCAAAGCAAGGUUAUGAACUACAUAGAAAAAGCUCCGCUGAUAUUCAUGACCUAAAUACUACUGCUACUCCUGAUCAUGAUUCUUCUCGAUAUCUCUUGAGUGAUUCCCCCUUCGUCGAUUGGUUCUCGAAGUCCGAUGAUAACCAACAUCAUCAUCAUCAUGGUUCGGCAUUGGUUCCUGCUGAUCAACCUGCUAUGAAGUAUAGAAGCCUCAGUGCAAAAAACUCUCUUGCUUUAAAGUCUUCUGCCUCAACUCGCUCUCGUCAUCAGGUUGUUGUUUUGAGGGUGUCACUACAUUGCAAAGGCUGUGAAGGGAAGCUAAGAAAACAUCUGUCUAAAAUGGAAGGAGUGACAUCAUUCAGCAUAGACUUACCAACAAAGAAAGUGACGGUCAUUGGAGAUGUAACCCCUUUAGGUGUUCUUUCAAGUGUGUCCAAGGUGAAGAACGCCCAGCUCUGGCCUUCUCCGACAGCAUCAUCAUCAUCAUCGUCGACAUCUUUGCCAUGGUCAGCAUGAGUAGCUACAUAUAUGAUCAAAUUUAAUCACUUUUUUUUUAAUCAAUGUAAUAUUUUUAUUGAGAUUCCAGUAGGGUGUGUUUGUAUUGUAUGAUUGUUAUUAGUUGUUUAAAAGUACUAAUAUAAAUUAGGUUACUUAAUGGUAUCUGGAAUCAAGGUGUUUGUUUAUUUAUAAAAGAAAGUUAAAGCAAAAGAUGGGGUUGUUGAUUUU